GCUCGCGGAAUCUGACUUUGCCCGGGAAAUACAUUAAGACCUGGUUUGGAAAUACUGCAAUAAAAGAGCGAUCCUCGUCCCUACCAAAUUAAACCAUGAAAAACUGCGAAUAUCAGCAAAUUGACCCACAAGCCCUCUCCACACCCACGCCGCCGGCAGCCGCGCCCGGCUCCGAGAAGACCAGCCUGCAGCGUCCGCGGAGGAAAUGGGAAGUUUUUCCGGGGAAGAACCGCUUCUACUGCGAUGGCCGGAUCAUCGUCGCCCGUCAGAGCGGCGUCCUUCCGCUGACACUCGGUCUAAUCUUCGUCACCAGCGGCCUCUUCUUCAUCUUCGACUGUCCUUUCCUGGUGCGGAACCUGACCAGCUGCAUCCCAGCGAUUGGAGGGGUGCUCUUCUUCUUCGUGGUCAUCUCGCUCCUGCAGACCAGCUUCACUGACCCCGGCAUCCUGCCCCGCGCCACUCCGGACGAGGCGGCUGACAUCGAGAGGCAGAUCGAUAGCUCAGGUUCCUCCACGUACCGCCCCCCCCCACGGACGAAAGAGGUCGUCAUCAACAACCAGGUGGUGAAGCUCAAGUACUGCUUCACCUGCAAAAUGUUCAGGCCUCCCAGGACGUCUCACUGCAGCAUGUGUGACAACUGCGUGGAGAGGUUCGACCAUCACUGCCCGUGGGUGGGCAACUGCGUGGGGAAACGAAACUACAGGUUCUUCUACACCUUCAUUGUCUCGCUGUCCUUCCUCACCGCCUUCAUCUUCGGCUGCGUGAUAACGCACCUCACACUGCGGAUGGGCAGGGGGAGCAGGUGAGGUAUCUGAAGGGGGAACACUGUGAGCUGUGUCAAGGAGAAAAGAAAACCGUGAACACCAGUGUACCAGAAGGACCGAACUAACACAAAGAAGGAUACUCUGUCGUGACAAAAGACCAGUUGUAAAUAUGACAGAGAAUUUGCCCCUGUUCCAUCCCCAAACUAGGCUUUUUAGGACUCCUUGUCAAGCUUUUGGUUUUGAUUCUCAUAUUUCAUUUGUUUACAAAUAUCUAGAUAUUGACAGUCUGGAUUUGAGAUGUCAAAAUGUAUUUUGCGGAGUUGAAUGGGAAAGUAAGGAGCUAUCUGUCCCAAAGUUUUACAACAUCGGUAAUUUGCUGUUCUCUCUCCAGUCUUAUUUUUGCAAUUAUUGUUUUUUGGGGGAAAAAAAGCCAUCUGUUGACAGAGUGAGGCGUGUCUUUUACUGUAACGCCUAUUCCAUAUUGAUUUCUGCUACCUCCCCAAAGCUUUUCCUACUGCUUUGUAGUCUCCCAAAGUUUGACUCAGUACUAAGGUAAAUAGUACCUCUGGUGUUCCUGCCCCCCCUGCUGUUGUAGUUCCAGCAGACCCCCAUGAAGUGCUGAUGCUGCUGCAUGCUAAAGAGAUUAAGAACAGCUGAAGACUCAGCCGGCCUGUGCAAAUCCAGCGAGAGUUCCUGGAGCUGUUGUGUCUGUGGACAGUGCGCUUUUCUGUUGUGCGCUGUUGGAAACAUGGGCAAAUCCCGUCUUCAAAAUCCAUUGGAGAAAGGCUGACCUCCUUCCCUUUUUUCUGUAAUGAAGGGCUGCUAAAAUAGAGGGUUUUGAUGUGCUGUUAAACAUGCAGGGUAAACCCAUUCUUGUAGGAGAAAGAAAAUGCUCGCUCUUUAUCAGCACUUACUCCGAGCACUGACAGUCUCCUAGGAAAUUAAAGUGGUGCCUUGUCAAGUUUUUAAUCUUCUGGCCUCUAGCUGUUGAGACUUAUCUUAUUUGUCUGCAGUGAAAUAAUGAGCAGUGAUUCUCCACUGAGCGUUGAGCAGGGUAUUUUCAUCACA